AUGGCUGAAGGAGAACACGACCCGUUCCAGGGACAGGGCGAGGAGGACGAGGAGGACUAUGAGCUCGCCGGCCCCAUGGUAGUGGCAAAGCUAGAGGAAUACGGUAUCUCGAAGCAAGACUGCGAGAAGCUCGCAAAGGAGGGUCUGCACACGAUCGAGGCCGUCGCUUUCACACCAAAGAAGAUGCUCGCGACGAUCAAGGGUAUCAGUGAGGCCAAGGCUGACAAGAUUCUGGCGGAAGCCACUGAGAUCCACUCGCGACGGUCUGAGCUCGUGCACAUCACGACCGGCUCUGUGGGCCUCGACACGAUCCUCGGCGGUGGAAUCGAGACUGGCUCGAUCACGGAGCUGUUCGGAAAGUCGCAGAUCUGUCACACGCUGGCCGUCACCUGUCAGCUUCCGGUACACCUCGGUGGCGGCGAGGGCAAGUGUCUCUUCAUCGACACCGAGGGUACUUUCCGCCCAGUACGCAUGCUGGCGGUGGCGGAGCGGUACGGACUGAACGGGGAAGAGGUGCUGGACAACAUUGCGUACGCGCGCGCAUACAACGCCGACCACCAGAUGCAGCUGCUCGUGCAGGCGAGCGCGAUGAUGGCCGAAUCGAGUGGACGUGGAGAGCUGGCUGCCCGGCAAAUGCACCUCGCCAAGUUCCUCCGAACACUGAUGCGCCUGGCGGACGAGGUCGUCGCGCAGGUCGACGGAGGACAGUUCGCUGUUGCUGACGCGAAGAAGCCGAUUGGAGGAAACAUCAUCCCGAACGGUAUCGGCGACCCGGAGGAGAUGAAGGAGUGA